GCAUCAAAUCGCUCGCCAACGAACCGCAGCCCCGGCUGGUAGCGCGUGCGUGCGUGCGUAUUUUGCGCGAAACGAAGAGGCGACAGCGGCAUUGAUUGGAGCCGUGCGAGUUUUAAACGCCCGGCCGCUACACCCGCACACACCACCACCACCACUACUACCACAGGGUCAGGAUCCGAUGCCCCAUUACUACUUUGGCAUUAGCAGUCGGUGAGAAGCGGGGAGAGCAGCGCGAGAGAGGGCACGUACGGUGGUUCGUUCAACACCCUACUAGCAAGCUCAGCCCUAGUCCGGAGCCACGGCGCGGCUAGGGAGCCGUGCCCGGCGGCCGUCGGAGCCGCCGCGCGGACCAGGCGGCGGGGCGCCCAGGGUCGCCGGGACGCGCGCCAUGGCGUGGUGGCGCGCGCGGGUCGUCGCUCCGGCGCGCCGCGCCUGGCUCGCCGUCGUCGCCGCGCGCGUGCGCCGCCGCACCGAGCGAGCAGGGAUCGUGGACCUCCACAGGGACGUGCAGACCUGCGGGUACCACGACGUCGAGGUGAUGUGGGGCAUGCUGGGCCUGGACGCCGGGCCGCCCAGCGCGCCGGAGCGCCGGAACCGCUCGCCGCCGUUCUGGACCUGGACGCCGUCCUUCUGGCACUUCGGGUCGUCGCGCCGCACGCCCACGCCCACGCCCACGCCCGCCGCGCGGUAGAUGAUGAUGACUAGGCAGUGUCUGUGUGGGCCUCUGGGGCUUAUACUACUGUCAGUUUAAUUUGGCUAGGAAAUGCAUGGUGCUGGUGUGACAGUGUGUGUGCUAUGCAUGUGUGUGCACGGUGCACCUUUACUCCUACUACGCGUUGUAGAGAGAGAGAGAGAGAAGAAAACGCACAUAAAAAAAUCAGCUCUAAUUCCCCAUGUUUAUUUUGCUUUGCGUUCUGUGGUUCUGUCCUUGUUCAUGCAUGUGAUGGCUGGUCGCGAGGGACAGACAUGGCGACAUGUUUGUCAGCGGUGUGCAAAUGGCGGAGCGUUCUUUUCA